AUGUCCGAGAAAAUCAAAGAAGCAGUGCUUGCCGAGGCCAAAAACACUCAAGCAAUUGCUCAUGAUGUCAUGACGUCUGGCGCAUACUUGUAUCCAUUGAAGGGUAUUGUCUACUUCGCAACCCACAAGGACCUUUGGCGUCCUUUUCUAUCUCGCGCGGGCCGAACGAUCACACUGGGAGUCGGCGUCACAUCCGUGAUGUUCUUCUUCACGUACUUGCCGCAGAUGGCCAUCAUGGCCUUCACUAGUGGCCCGUUGGCUGCUAUUUCUGCAGCGAUCCUGGUCCUUGGUGAGAGUUCCACCAUCACAAACGUCCUCUCACGCUCGUUCCUCGUCGAAGAUGCCCUGAUCGACACCUUUGAUGGCACCCUAGUGGCGCGUGACCAGGAGACACUCGUAGCACAAGGACGCCAGUUGAAAUCACGAUCGGGAGGAAAAGAUGCUAUGGCCAGACUGGGUAAGGUUUUUACUCGGCCUCUCGCGCGGUUGAACCCAAGGGCUCUACUGCGAUCUUUGCUCUACCUACCUCUGAACCUCAUUCCUGUGGUCGGGACUGUUUUGUAUAUCUGUAUGCAGGGGAAAAGAGCAGGACCAGUACUUCACGCCAGAUAUUUCCAGCUCAAGGGCUGGGACUCUACGAUGCGAGAGGAGUGGGUGAAGAAAAACCAGGGCGCGUACACUGGACUUGGAAUAGCAGCCUUUUUGUUGGAAAUGAUACCGUUUGCCUCGAUCGCGUUUUCAUUUACGAACACUGUUGGUGCGGCUCUCUGGGCUGCGGAUUUAGAGAAGGCAACCAAGUAG